GUAUAUCACUACAGAACGCCAGGAAAUACGUAGUUCGUUUUGGGUGCGUUCGUUUUGGGUAUUUGGGUUUCCCGGUACAUGAACCCUAUGUUAGGGCCUUGGGUGACACAUGCACCGCCAAUCAGGGAUGCCCUUUGACACAAAACAUACAAUCAAAUAUUUCCCGCGCAACACAGCGUUGUUCCCAGUUCACCAAACCUAGGAGGACAACAAGAUGUCAGCUAUCUAUGAAGCCCCGAGAGCCAGAAUAAACACGUCCAUGUUGUCCCAGUAUGUGAGCCGCCCCGUCUGCUUCGUGGGACGCGUGGAGAAGGUCCAUCCCUCAGGGAAGUCCUUCACCAUGUGUGAUGGAGAAGGGAAGGUGGUGUCAGUGGAGCUGAACGAACCCCUUGACGAGGAGCUGAGUGGCGUGGUGGAGGUCGUUGGCAUGGUGACCAACAAGGGAGCUCUCAUGGGCUCUGCCUACACCAUAUUCCAGGAAGAGAAGGGCGUCGCUUUUGAUCUGGAACUUUACAACGAAGCUCUCAAAGUGAUCCAUGACUUCUCUCAGUACUACCCCUUUAAAGUGGAAACAAGUGGAUGAAUGACUUUGGCCCUUUUUCGUUAUGUGAUUCCUUCAGUUUGUUUUGUAAAUGUUUAAUUAUACGUUUGUGCACGAUUUGCAGCCAAAGUAGCUUUCUGUAAUAAAAUUGUAUAUUUAAAA